AUUCAACGUCAAAUAAACGCAUGGAUAAAACAGUGCAUGUGUUGUCUUUUGAAAAAGCAUGUUAAAUAUGAAUUGCUUGACGCCUCUUCAGCAAAGGAAGAAGGAAAUAAGAGCAGAUAUAGCAUCUGAACUCAUAGUUUAAAAUUACGAAGUGAGAAUGCCAACAGAACAGUAUAACUUGGAGGCUUCAGUCCUCAGAGAUUUGCGGACUGGACUGAAAGGAGUAUUCAAUUCGGAACAAUACUCUGAUGUUACUCUGAAAGUAGAGAAUGAGUGUUUCAAAUGUCAUCGAGUAAUUCUAAGUGCCAUGUCACCUUAUUUCAGUCAGAUGUUUUCUGCUGGAAUGAAAGAAACUACAGAAAAUACCAUAGAAAUUAUAGGAUUCCCUCCAAGUAUUGUCAAAGACUGCCUACUAUUUAUAUACUCUUUAGGAGACAAAACUGCACAACUUUGGAAUACAUGGGAAGAACUUCUUCACGCUUCCACAUAUUUCCAAAUUGAGAGUUUGCAAGCUAUAUGUGAAACAGAGAUCAGCACAACACAGUUGACUCUGGACUCUGUGUGUAACUUUUAUGAAAUAUCUCAGCAAGAUCCCUCUUACGUCUUGUUGAAAAGCAGCUGUGAAAAGUUCAUCAUAAAAAAUUUUGUGCAUUUAGCCUCAUUAGAAGAAUUUGGAACUUUCAGUGUGGAAACUUUCCUCUCUAUCCUUGAGGAUGAGAAUCUCCAGGCGGAAGAAUAUUGGGUUGGGGUUGCUGUCCUUAACUACCUCACAGCAAGAAAUGAAAAAUUGGAUGAAGAACAGGUAUUGGAAAUCCUAUCAGCUGUUCAUUUUCCAAUGAUUCAUAAAGAACAUGGUGCUCACCUGCAGGAACAAUUCUUAGACUUGGUCAAAUCUAAGUACGGUGAAAUGGAAAAGGUGCAAAGGUGCAUGGAAGAGAUCAUUUACGAGACAGAGAGUUACCAUAGUGAUCCAUCUAUGCAGAUAGAGCGGAUAUCUAAACUGCGUUCUCCAAACAAAGAGUUGAACUUCAUCACUAUAGGAGCCACUAGGACUUUUAUGAUGGAGUCUGAAAAGCUGCAAAUAUUUGAUGCUUAUGGAUUUCCUUUGGCGGAGCUUCCAUUUAGCAAAAUUUUCUGCAAUUAUGGAGAGUCCUAUAUUUUUAUGGCCGAUUAUUUUGGCAAUCUCUAUGAAUUUGACUUUUUGAAUUUAAACUUGCAAAAGGUUGUAGACUGUGAAUUUUUGCCCAGAAAACACAUGGGAAUGAUUGCGUUAAGAGACAGUGUCUAUGUAUUUGGAGGAAUUGACAAUGUGACAUGCACAGCAAGUGACAAAAUCAACCAAUAUUGUUUUGCAGACAAAUCGUGGAAAGAAUGUGGGAAGCUUCAAGAAGGGGUCCAAGAUGCCAUUGCUAUUAAUUCCAAUGAUAAAUUGUACAUCUUUGGGGGGUUUAACGACAGUAUGGACAUUCUCUGUCAAAGCUUUCAGUGCUUUAAUCCAUCGACAGGGGAGACCACUCUAGUGAAGCAUGAAUGCAAUGACUUGUUCACCAGAGAGCAUGUACGGGUUGUAGGGUAUGGAGAUAAAAUUUAUGUUGUGAGUUUUGUAGAUGGGAAGAUUCACCAUUUCAACCCUGAAAAAUUGGAAUUAGAAGAGUUUUAUGAGUCUAGUUAUGCAAAAGAAUGCAAGGAUGUUGUUAAGUACAAAUCAUCUCUGUUGUUUGUGGGAAGUCCAAUUGAAUCAAAUGGAGUAGCUGCUUUAGAUUUAGAAAAUAAAGUAGAAACAGUGACAUCCAUUAAAAUAUAUGUUCCAGCGGAGAUGUACAGGUGCAUGAAGAUUGUUCAGUGGAAACCUAUACGAUUCUCAAGAGAAAAUAAUGAAGGAAGUGAAAAUUCUAUGGAUGACUUUGUGUCAGACAUAAGCAAUGAUGAUGAUGAUAGUUUUAGUAUCAAUUCUUAAUACCAGUACAUGUAUAUUUCUGAUUUUAGUCUUUGUAAAGCAGGAAAUUGGAAGGCUUUUAAGUAGUCAAUCAUAUUAAUUUUAUCAAUAAAAAGAAAUAUUUAUAGAUCUUUGCUGGUUUAAAGUUUUUCUUAAAUUUUCAAGACUUUGAAACUGGAUUCCCAUUAGUUAUGUGAUAUGUAAUAAAUCAGUGCCACAAUUAUGAACUACCUGGUACUUUUAUCUUGCUCUUAAAAUUUUGAAAGCUGAGCAUUUGUCAGAAAUAUACUUAAAUAAUAUAGACAUGAAGAAUUGUUCUUUUUUGGAAGAAAAAAAUACCAGUAAAAAGGGCAAAACAGCCAGUAAGAAAAAUAGAAGUGAAAUUUCCAGCAAAUAUGCACAUUUCAACUUUAUGCUUUACUUACUGUGCAAAGUUCUGUAUAUUCUGAUCACUGGUUAAGAGGAAAUGCACAGAAAACUAUUCUUUUGUACAUGUAUCGGGGGUACCGGUAUGUUCCAUCAUCAACCCAACUUUAAGAGCAUGUACACAUCAUGUCUUUAUCAACUACCAUUUUUUAGUUUCAAGAAAUUUUGCUCAGUAUUUGAGAGAAGCUUCACUGACUGUUUUAGAAGUAUAUAUUUGAUAUUGGCCAAGAAGGGCCCGGACUUCAAGAAAAAUAAAUUGGUAUUCAUGUAAAUAUUGUGUCCUUGUUAUCGAUAUACAGUUUCAUAAAAUGCUGUGCAGCAGUACAACAGAGGGAAAUUCUAAGAUUGUUCAAGAUAUUACUGAGAAGUAGUUGUUAGGUUGUAUUACAAUCUCAAAGGGUGUACAAUUAUUUUUUCAUAAGAUAUUUAAAUAU